AUGGCUGAAACCGCUCCAGUUGCUGCCGCCCCGCCGGCCAAAUCACCCAAGAAGAAAUCUGCUGCUAAAGCCAAGAAAACGGGACCAAGUGUGGGUGACCUCAUCGUCAAAGCUGUCUCGGCUUCCAAGGAGAGGAGCGGCGUCUCUCUCGCCGCCCUGAAGAAAGCGCUCGCCGCCGAUGGUUACGAUGUAGAGAAGAAAAACGCCCGCGUCAAGAUCGCCAUCAAGAACCUGGUGACUAAAGGCACUCUGGUCCAGACCAAAGGGACCGGCGCUUCCGGGUCUUUUAAACUGAACAAACAGCAAGCAGAGACCAAGAAGAAACCAGCGAAGAAAGCCGCUCCUAAAGCAAAGAAGCCCGCAGCCAAGAAACCCGCCGCUGCCAAGAAGCCCAAGACUGCAGCGACAAAGAAGACCGCCGCUAAGAAAUCACCCAAGAAAGCAGCGAAGAAACCAGCCGCCAGCGCCGCUAAAAAGGCAACAAAGAGCCCCAAGAAAGCAAAGAAGCCAGCGGCUCCUAAGAAAGCAGCGAAGAGCCCCAAAAAAGCAAAGGCUGCUAAACCCAAGACGACAAAGCCCAAAGCAGCUAAGCCUAAAAAGGCACCAGCGAAGUCCGCACCUAAGAAGGGGUCCAAGAAGGCCGUUACUAAAACCGCUGUAAAAGGCGGUAAGAAGCGCAAGAGGUCUAGGAAGGAGAGCUAUGCUAUCUACGUCUACAAGGUCUUGAAGCAGGUUCAUCCCGAUACUGGUAUUUCCUCCAAGGCCAUGGGCAUCAUGAACUCUUUCGUCAAUGAUAUUUUCGAGCGUAUCGCCAGUGAGUCCUCUCGUCUCGCUCACUACAACAAGCGCUCCACCAUCACAUCGAGAGAGAUCCAGACCGCCGUGCGUCUGCUGCUGCCCGGUGAACUCGCCAAACACGCCGUGUCUGAGGGAACAAAGGCCGUCACCAAGUACACCAGCUCCAAAUAAAGCUUCCAGCUUUUCAACACCCAAAGGCUCUUUUAAGAGCCACCCACUUUAUCAGAAAAUGAGCAUCCAGUUUGGUUUAAUUGAUUUAAAGCAAGUUAUUG